CACCCUGUCAGGACAUCGACCGACAAAUGCGGCGCAGCCUUCAGUGUGCCUUGUCGUCCACAGCUCACAACCCGCGGAUUUACAAUCAACGAUUGACAUACAAUUCUGUCCAGGGAUACAUUUCUCUCCCAUUGCUAUACUUUCUAAAUAUGAGGUGGUUCGUGUCUCUGAAAAUGGUCUAACUAAAAUCUCUGAUCCGUGAAGUAGCAGCAGCCCGCUAGCACUGUGCCAGGAUGUCUAGUAGCUCGGGCUAUCCCCCCAGCCAAGGGAGCUUCAGCAGUGAGCAGAGCCGAUACCCGCCACAUUCUGUCCAGUACACCUUCACUGGCACACGCCACCAACAGGAUUUUGCCGUCCCAGACUAUCGGACUCAUAUGCAAGAUCCACAGGGUCGGAGAAGACCAUCUUUACUGUCUGAAUUCCACCCCGGAACUGAAAGGCCUCCAGAGAGACGUCAUGGUUACGAACAGCAGUUUCACUCCAUCACAUCUCAGUCUGAGCAUGAAGCCUUGGAGGCUAAACGCCCUCGCAUGGAGACUGUUGCUGAGGCCCACAUCACCCGUACCCCUCCCACAGCCGGGGGUAUUGUCCUGCCCAUAACCCAUACAGUACAGGACAGUCUAAGAGCCACUGUGGAGGUCAAAAAGGAGUCUCAGUUCACUGUCAAAGUGGAGUCCCCGUCCCCAGGAGGACCUAUGCUGCACAUGGGAGAAGAGCAGGACACGUCUCCCUCCAAACUAUCCAAGGAAGAGCUGAUCCAGAGUAUGGACCGUGUGGACAGAGAGAUUGCCAAAGUGGAGCAGCAGAUUUUUAAGCUGAAGAAAAAGCAGCAACAACUGGAAGAGGAAGCAGCAAAGCCAGUGGAACCAGAAAAGCCAGUGACCCCUCCUCCAGUGGAGCACAAGCACCGCAGCAUAGUCCAGAUCAUCUAUGACGAGAACAGGAAAAAAGCUGAAGAGGCCCAUAAAAUACUGGAAGGUCUUGGUCCUAAAGUUGAGCUGCCCCUGUACAAUCAGCCAUCAGACACGAAAGUGUACCAUGACAACAUUAAGACCAACCAAGUCAUGCGGAAGAAGCUGAUUUUGUUUUUCAAGAGGAGGAAUCAUGCUCGUAAACAAAGGGAACAGAAGAUCUGCCAGCGCUAUGAUCAGUUGAUGGAAGCGUGGGAGAAGAAAGUGGAGCGAAUGGAGAACAACCCCAAACGCAAAGCCAAGGAGAGCAGGACACGGGAGUACUAUGAAAGGCAAUUCCCUGAGAUCCGCAAGCAGAGAGAGCAGCAGGAACGCUUCCAGAGGGUUGGACAAAGAGGGACGGGCCUGUCUGCAACAAUUGCAAGAAGCGAGCACGAGAUUUCUGAAAUCAUAGAUGGCCUUUCUGAGCAGGAGAACAACGAGAAGCAGAUGCGACAGCUGUCAGUCAUCCCUCCCAUGAUGUAUGACUCUGAGCAGAGGCGAGUGAAGUUUAUCAACAUGAAUGGCCUGAUGGAUGACCCAAUGAAGGUGUACAAAGCCCGGCAGUUCAUGAAUGUUUGGACUGAACAUGAAAAAGAGAUCUUUAAGGAGAAGUUUGUCCAACACCCCAAGAACUUUGGCCUGAUUGCCUCCUAUCUGGAGAGAAAGUGUGUUGCUGACUGCGUUCUUUACUACUACUUGACCAAGAAGAAUCACAACUACAAGACCCUGGUGAGGAGAAACUAUGGAAGACGGAGAGGAAGGAACCAGCAAAUAACACGUCCCUCACAAGAAGACAAGUCAGACGACAAAAACGAAGAGGACAAAUCUGAGAAAUCCGAGAAAAAAGAGGACGAGGAAAAGAAGGACGAGGAAGAGAAAGAUGAAAAAGAGGAUUCUAGGGACAUUGGCAAGGACAAAGACAAGUGUGACGGUGGGGAGGACGAGGACGGAAAGGAGCAAAAUACGCCGCGUGGCAGGAAGACUGCCAACAGUCAGGGCCGCCGUAAGGGAAGGAUCACCACACGCUCCAUGGCCAAUGAGGCUGCCUCUGUGGCGGCUGAGGAGGCACCUCCCCCUGCCACUGAGCCUGCCUUGCCAGAUCCUCCACAGCUCCCUAAACCUGAUCCAGCACAGAAGGCCAUGAAGGAGCCUGCAAAACCCCAGACUCCAAUAGCUUCCAUGGAUACUAAUAAAGCUGGUGCUGGUGAAACCGGAGAAACUUCUCGCUGGACCGAGGAGGAGAUGGAGGUCGCCAAAAAAGGGCUAGUUGAGCAUGGGCGAAACUGGACAGCCAUUGCCAAAAUGGUGGGCACCAAAAGUGAGGCACAGUGCAAAAAUUUCUAUUUCAACUACAAGAGACGUCACAACCUGGACAAUCUACUCCAGCAGCAUAAGCAGGAUACACGGCGAGCUCGUGCUGAUAGGUCUCAAGGUGAAGGUCUAGCCACAGCAUCACCUGAUGAUGAGGAUGAGGACAACGCAGAUGACAGUGAAGGCGGUGACAACAGCUCUGAUACAGAGAGUGCCCCCUCCCCCUCUCAGGCCGACUCCUUGAAGUCUGGCGACUCCAAGAGGGCAGACUCCGCCGCUGGAGAUGCCCAGUGCUCUGAUCAGGACAAAGGUCAGGCCAGCAAUGGAAAAGCCCCAGAGCCCUCGUACGGGGAACUCUGUGUCAAGGAAGAGAAAAGCCCAGAGAGUGAGACUGGGUCUCAGGAGGCUAGGGUUGCCUCGUAUGCAGGCUCGGUUCAUCCCAAAACUGAACCUCAGGAUAUGGACAUGAAGACUGGAGAGGUUCAGGUCAAGAUGGAGCCUGAGGUCAAGGAGAGAGGAGAAAAGGGAGAUCAUGGUGGGAGGGAGCUCCACUCAGACAAUGACUCUAGCGCCACCUGCAGUGCUGACGAAGAUGUGGAAGCGGAGCCUGAAAGGAGAAUGUUCCCCAUGGAAAAGCCUUCACUGCUCAGUCCUCCAGGCUCUGUGCUGGUGUCCUCUCCCAAGCAAACUCAACUCAACAUCCAGCAGCUGCAGCAGCGGGCAGCUGCCAUCCCACCUAUGGUUAGCCACAGUUUUCGUCCAUUCACAGGCAUUAAGGUGCCUGGUCCUUUUGGCCCCGGUGGUGUGCCCAUCAGUGGCUUUGCCAUGCUACAGCACCAGAUCAAAGCAGCGCAUGAGUCGGCACACCAAGAGGAGAAGCAGAGACAGGAUCAGGGAGACCUGGAGCGCCGACCCCCCUUCAGCACUCGCAGCCCCACCAUCCUAGAGAGAGAUGGUAAGCCCUUACCCUACAUGCCUUAUGACAUGAAGCUGGCUCUGGACCAGGAGGCCUACUCUGGUCGGCCAGGCUCUCCUUACAGACUCUCUCCCAGGGAGCUGAGCAAGGCCUCACCCCAGCCUGACCCCGACGCCCCCAAUGUCUCCCGCUACAGUGUGCCACCAGUUCUCCACCCUGCCCCCAACCAGCUUGUCCAGAGUAUGCCAGAUGGAGUCCGAGUGACUUUCAGCAGACCCAGUCGACCUCCCAACAUUCCCUCUCCUCCUCCUCUCAUUCCAACUACCAAGCCCACAGACAAGCCCUCAUUCAUCCAAGGCGGCUCAAUCUCCCAGGGAACUCCUGGCACAUACCUGCCGUCUCAUGCUGUCUAUGGGCCAGAGGGCACUAAAAGCACUGUGGGCUCCAUUUCUCUGGGUCUGCCCCGACAGCAGGAUCCAAACAAGCCAGGAGCUGCAGUUCCCUCCAUACAGGAUGGCAGAGGCAACCCACCAAAAGUGGGUGAGGGUCUGGCUUUCAGAGGAUCAAUCACUCAGGGCACACCAGCUCUGCCCCAGUCUAGCAUUGCUGCUGACCUCCUGAAGGGCACAAUUACAAAACUGGCCACAGAGGACCUGAGCAGUCCAGACAAGACCAGGGGAGAACAGCUGGCUAAAGGACAUGUCAUCUAUGAAGGCAAGAGUGGUCACAUCCUCUCCUAUGAUGCCAUCAAGAACCCCAGGGAGAACACCCGCAGCCCCAGAACAGGCCAUGAGCUGAAACGCACUUAUGAAAUGAUUGAGGGAUCCAUGGGCAGGGGACACCCUGGCAGGGAAGGAGCUCAGUAUGAGGGAUUGAUUAGCAGAGCCAGAGAUGGUCUACAUGGAGAUUCUAAGGAAAGACCAUUGAUCACUGGAUCCAUCAUGCAAGGAACACCUAGAACUGCUACAGAGACCUAUGAGGAGGCCAUAAAGUAUGGAAAACAGAUAAAGCGAGAGAGCUCACCAAUCCGCUCUUUCGAAGGGGGUAUUGGCAAAGGCAAGCCCUAUGAGGGUGUCAAUACUAUCAAAGAGAUGGGACGUUCUAUUCAUGAAAUACCCAGACAAGAUCAGUCUGGCCAGGACAUGUGCAAAACCCCUGACCUGUCCAUAUCUCAGAUUCACCCUCUCAACCAGCCAACUAUCAAGCACAAUGUCAAGUCUUUAAUCACCAGUCCCACUAAGCUCCCCCACAGCAUGCCGCCGCAGCUUGAGGCCAUGGAGCGAGUCAAAUAUGAGGAAAACAAGGCAGUGCGCCACACUUCUGUGGUCAACUCCACCACUUCUGUCCUGCGCUCCACCCACCAGGAGGCUAGCAAAUCCCAGCUUAGCCCGGGCAUGUAUGAGGAUGCCAACGCUCGGAGGACCCCUGUCAACUACAGCACCAAUCCCGUGUCCAGAGGCUCACCCAUGCUGGGACGUGCCACCGAGGGUGGCAUGAGCUCUGCGAAAUCUGCCGCACAUGAAAGAAAGAGUGCUAUGACUCCAACACAGAGGGACAGUGUUCCAGCCAAAUCCCCAGUGUCGGGAGGUGACCCUGUAGCCUCUCACAGCCCCUUCGACCCUCACCAUCGGCCUGUUGUUCCUGGGGAAGUGUACCGAGCCCACCUGCCUCCGCACCUUGACCCCACCCUGGCCUUCCACAGGGUGCUUGAUCCUGCAUUCAUGUUCCCCAGGCAGCAGUCCCCUACAGGCUACCACAACACCUACCAGCUGUACACCAUGGAGAACACCCGACAGACCAUCCUUAAUGAUUACAUCACUUCCCAGCAGAUGCAAGUCAUCCCUAGGCCCGACAUGGCCCGAGGCUUGUCACCACGGGAACAGCCUGUUGCUAUCCCUUACGCAGCUGGAGCUCGAGGGAUUAUUGAUCUAGCCCAGAUGCCUCCAACUAUCCUGUUGCCUCACCCUGGGGGAACAGGUACUCCCACUUUGGAACGCAUCGCCUACCUCCCUGGAGCUCAGCCCCCUUUCCCUCCUAGGGCUUUCAACCCAACCUCCAUAUCGCCAGGCCAUCCAGCCCACCUUGCUGCUGCUGCUGCAGCUAGUGCGGAGAGGGAACGGGAAAGGGAGCGUGACCGGGAGCAGCAGGAAAAGGAGAGAGAGAAGGAAAGAGAAAGGGAGCAGAGGGAGAGGGAGAGGGAGCGAGAGAGGGAGAGGGAGCGUGAAAUGCGGGAACGAGAGCGGGAGCGAAGCAGUGAAUACAUCCGUGGUGCGGGACCAGAGCAACCAGGCCGGCCAAUGAGUCGAGGUUAUCUGCACUCCCCUUCGCCCUCACUCAGGACGCAGGAUGUCGUGGUUCAGCAGCGGCCUAGCAUCUUUCAGGGCAAGAGUGUCAUCACUUCUCUAAUGCCCCAUUCAGCAGCAGCGACCGCAGCAGCCCAGAGUAGCUCUCGCUACAGUACUGCAGCUGAUGCUCUGGCUGCUCUGGUGGAUGCCGCAGCCUCUGCCCCGCAGAUGGAUGUGGCCAAAGUGAAGGAGAGCAAACACGAACGCGAUGACGACAUGGCUGCUCGGCGAGCAGCCAGCCUCUCAGAACAGCAGCAGCAGGAAGCAGAAAGACGAUCCAUGCAGUCACCAUAUGGUGCAAUGUCUCUGCCAGGGGGUAAGCCCCACUCAGCUUACUCUGAAGGGCCUGGAGUCGGGGUGAAGGAUAAGGGCCCUCAAACCUCAAAGUCUCGCAUUGAAGAGGAGCUUCGGACUCGUGGCAAGACGACUAUCACAGCUGCUAACUUCAUUGAUGUCAUCAUCACACGGCAGAUUGCCUCGGACAAAGACUCGAGAGAGCGCGGCUCUCAGAGCUCUGACUCCUCCAGCAGCUUGUCAUCCAGUCGAUACGAUAACACGGGUGGUGGAGCCAUCGAGGUGAUAAGUCCUGCUAGUUCUCCUGUCCAGUCCCAACAGGACAAACCAGAAGAAGGUCAACAACAGGCAGCUGGCAUGCGGGCCUAUGACAUGGGUCGUUACCAGCCACCACAGCCCAGUCCCCAGCAGCCUCCCUCCUCACAGGCUGACAGCUACUCCCAGGUUACCAAGACUCACAGGGUCAUGACUUUGGCAGACCAUAUUUCGCAUAUUAUAACCCAGGACUUUGCCCGGAAUCAGGAUCCUUCUCCGGUCUCCUCCUCAGCUUCGGCCACAUUCCAGAGCGUGGGGCCACCUGUGUCCUCUUCAGGUCGAGCCAAGGUCUCCAGCCGCUAUAGUCCGGAAAAUCAGGUCCAGACCCCACUCCACCAGAGAUCCUCCAGCAGAGUUUCUCCAGAGAAUGCCCCUGACAAGGCCAGAGCCAGGCCUGGUAAAUCUCCAGAGCGAGGUGGCAGGCAGAUGGAGAAUUAUGAACCCAUCUCUCCACCACAGAGCUACCAAGGCAUGGACAAACAGGAGGCUGGCGGGCCUCCACCCCAGAGGAGGGAUCCUGAGUCCGAGAUCAGGAGUGACUCACGGUCCCCAGGGAGUGUCAGUUAUCUGCCUUCUUUCUUCACCAAGCUGGAGAACACCUCACCAAUGGUAAAAUCCAAGAAGCAGGAGAUCUUUCGUAAGUUGAACUCCACCUCUGGUGUAGGUGAUACUGAUGUUGGAAACGCGCAACCAGGCACAGAAAUUUUCAACUUGCCUGCUGUUACCAGCUCCAGCAGCAUCAACCCCAGGAACCACUCCUUUAGUGACCCUGCGAGUAACUUGGGCCUGGAGGACAUUAUCCGCAAAGCUUUGAUGGGCAACUUGGAGGAAAGACAGGAGGAGCACCAGGGAGGAGUAGGGGCUCAGUGUCCCAUCAUCAAUACAACUGGCACAGGCGGUGAUUGCCGUCAGGAGACCAACCCGUCACCCAGUAUGGGGAAACAGAAGCAGAGCAAAGCCAACAGCAGGAAAUCCAAGUCACCUAACCUGGGUCAGGCCUACUCUGGAGGGGAGCGUCCCUCUUCAGUGUCCUCCGUCCACUCCGAGGGAGAUUAUCACAGACAAGCUCAAGCCCAACCCCAAUGGAGCUGGGACGACCGACCCUCAUCCACAGGUUCCAUGCAGUUCCCUUACAACCCACUGACCAUGCGCAUGCUGAGCAACACGCCACCCACCUCCAUAGCAUCCCCUGCCAUACAGAGCCAGCAGCAGCAGCAACAACAGCAGCCCCCUCCAGCCGGAGCCCCGGUGGCCCAGCAGCGUGUGUGGCAGUCUCUGCUGUCAGAGCAAUAUGAGACCCUGUCUGACAGCGACGACUGAGCCCUGCUUGCUACAGCCCUAAUAGCCAGAAGAGAGGCCUGCGCUGAGGCUUGUCUGUUCACCCCCUUCUCCUAGAACUGACCUCGCUCACUGGCGAGUGUGACAAGUAGAUGGGCUGGUGUCCUUUUUAUUUUUGGUGCUAUGGCGCCCCCUGGCUGUUAGCUAAUAGAAGAAGCAGCAGCCCGUGACAGGCAGGGCUCUCCAGAACAAGACUCGUUUUUGUUUUGGAAGCACUCACCCAGCCUGUGGGGGACUCAAACAAAACUCGACUGAGGGGACGGCAUGAGCUAUAGUGAAGAUGAAGAACUAAAUAUGUAAAAAGAAACAACAUAAGAGACUAUUUCGGAGUUUUGUUUGAUUUCUGUAAAGAUAUACCUUGUCUUUAAGAAAAUCAUUGUAUGUAAAUAGAGUAACCUUUUGCAGUGUUUUUCUUAACUUGAUUUUUUCUUAUUUUAAUGUUGCUUUUAAAUUGAUCCACCCUAAAUGGGAAGAGUAGGGGCUUAAUUUUUAAUAACACAGUUGGUCUCUCCCAGUCCACCCCCACCCCACGUCACCUGACACCCGCUCUAAUAUUUUUACCAUAGCGACGCUGAGAGACCAGACCUUUGGUUUGUACUUGACCAUGAGUGGAGCACAGAGAUUGUGCCACCCUGCGCACCAUCCACCAAGCACCACCAGAGCCUGAACACCAUGGACAUUUGAGGAUGAAACAGACAUUUCAAACAACGUUGAUAUUUGAUGCCUGUCUUCGCCACAUGGCGGGGAUGAUGCAUGGAUUGUAACUAUCAGAUGGUAGUGGUAACUUUGUCAUCCGUUUUAGACAGAAAAAUGUCUUCAAAACAAGUUGAGAACACUGGUGUCAUAGCAGAAAGGUGAAAAGUCUGAUAUAAGCUUAAUUUUACCGGAAAAUAUAUUCUUAUGACUACUCCUGGACCCCGUCUGAAUAAUGAGAGUGAGCCAAUUUUUUUCUUUUUCUUUUUUCUUUUUCUUUUUUUUCUUUUUAUUUGUCAAUAGAGCCAUGUUUUGUCACAUGUAGCUGUCUCUCUCUCUGCAGUUUCCAACCUGUCCAGAAUGAUCUGCUCUGCAAUGUUGUCAUGGUUUAAAAAAAUAAAAAGUAUGUCAGGUUUUUGCCAUGCCUUGUGACUUGAGAAAGAAGGCAGCUUUAAUUUUCUCAGAGAUAUACGUUGGUGUUUGAUGUUUGUAUUUGUUUCUGUAGACCCCCCUCCCCCCUCCUUUUUUUGAUACUGUCCUGACAAAAAUCUGAACUCUGUAAAUUGUCUUUCCAUUACACAAAAAGACAAAACUAACCAAACAUAAAGAAUGGUCUGCACCAUUAUUGCACUUUUUUUUCUUUGUAGCUUUUGACAAAAAAAAAGCAUACUACCUGCUGUGUAACUUAUUUAGCCUCCAGCACAGGAGUAUACUAAAAUGUGCUUUAAGUUUUUCCCACCACUCACAGAAUUCUGGAUGUUUUGAUUUCCUGUCUUUUCUUGUAGCUGGUACAUUAUUUUGUUGUGUGACACUUAAAUCACAGUUACAGUUUUAAGUGUAUGGUACCAUUAAAUGUUUAGUUUGCUGUCAUGGUGAUUCAUAACCAUGACCACUUAAUCUCUGCUUUUGAUGCGUCAGUCAACCGGCAUAAAGCUUUGAAUAUGAAUUCUUUUAGGUCAACUUCAUAAAUGGCAGUAACGUUCCUUUGGAAGUCUAUUUUCUUUGGAUAUAUAAGAAAAAUACCAUAUUUUGGCUUUUUCAGCUUUCAACUUUGCUCAGUUAACAAAUCCAGUCUGCUCUAAACUGCUCUUAACUUUUUAAAAUGUCCUUUCUUCCUUUCAUUAUGAUUUUGAAUCAUUUGUCAUAGCACCUGUGCAGAUUUUUAAUUUUUGUCAUUUUCAACAUCCUUGUUAUUCAUCCUGUUUAGAAGGGAUGUUAUGUGUUUACAAAGGCAAUGACAAAAAAAAAGUUUACAAACUUGAAUCUUAAAGAAAUCCGACAUGAAGCCGAAAAUGAAUUGGAGCAUCUUUUCAGCUCUCUAUCAAACACACAGUGGUGACUUUUUUUUUGUCUUUUUGAAAUUGAGACUUGAAAACCCGUGUAUCCUAUGAUGUUGAAAUGCAAUGUUUGUAUCGCACAAUGUCUCUUAGUAGGCUAUUACAAGAGUUCAGACCAAUCAAAUAAAGUGGUUCAGUUGUCCUCCACUGAGAAA